UUGUUUAUUGCGAGCUUCCGUGUUAUUUCUCCAGAGUGUCCGAGGGGUUUUUGUUCUGCUGAGGACUUUACCGGCAUGUCAGCGGCUGCACAGCAGAUAAUGUUGACAGACGGAGUCCUCACUCGGGGAGCCUUUGGAGGGACCGUUGAAGGAAACUUCACCUCUUUGUGCCCUAAUGGAUCCAAAUGGGUUUGGGAGGGGCUUGGGGAGUGUGCCCAGGAUGCGAGGGAUAUGGCCAGCAUCUACCUGGGCCUCCUGUCCAUCCUCUGCUUCAUGGUGUCCUCACUUCCACAGUACUACAGCUCGUGCAGAACAGGGAAUAUGGACAGUGCUCUCUCUAUUUGGUUCCUGCUACUGUGGUUGGGAGGUGACAGCUGCAAUCUGGUGGGAUCCUUCUUGGCAGAUCAGCUUCCACUUCAGACAUACACGGCUGUUUAUUACGUUAUAGCUGACUUAUUGAUGCUGGGCAUGUACUUAUACUACAAGAUGAAGAACAAAAUGGCUGAAAGCAGAAGGGUCUUACACGUGGUGGGUGUAGCCUGCGUCCUGGGCUUCACCGCAAACCUCGCCCACAUCCCCGGGUUAGGCACCCAACAGGAAAUUCCCUCUGGGUUCAGAGGUCGCUCCUUGCUCUCAACCUCUGACAGUAGCUCUGUCAAGGCUUUUACCCCUAAAGAGAUAAUUGGUUUCUCCAUCGGCUCAGUGUCGUCGGUGCUCUACCUCUGCUCCAGACUUCCACAGAUGUACACUAAUUUCAAGAGGAAGUCGACAGAGGGAGUCUCUUACUUCCUGUUUGCGCUGGUCAUCCUGGGAAACACCACAUACGGCCUGAGUGUCCUACUGAAGAACCCUGACGAGGGCCAAGGCGAGAAAAGCUACCUGAUCCAUCACCUGCCCUGGCUCAUCGGCAGCCUCGGCACCCUCACUUUAGACCUCAUCAUCUCCAUCCAGUUCGUAAUUUACCGCAAAGCUCCGGUGGAGGUGGGCAGCGGCUACGAUGAGACAUCGCCUCUGAUUGCGAGCUAAACCAACACACUAAGGCUGUACUGGUCAUACUGGUGGGACAUGAACAGACACUCACUUCCUGUGAACCCACAAAAAUCACAUUUCCAAAACAAAAUCAACAUGAAAAAAACUGUACAUUUUAGUUUAAUUUUAUAGUUUUAUUUAUUAUGCUCUUUUUUUUUAUGUUUACAAUGUGUUUUUAUCCAUACAGCACAGUGACAGAUGUUGUUCUUCACCUGGGUUCAUCUGCAGUGAUGUGACUCUCUCUGCUCUUAUUAUUAGUUUUUAAAGGGACAAUUGAAGGUUUCCGGUGUCGGCCCUGAACUCCUGAAUUUAGGUCACAGCAUCAGUUUGAACUGAUAGAUGUCAGAAACCUGCUGCUCAGAGGUUUCUCUAAAAUUAUCUUGGUAUUUUUAAGUUGACAAACAUUUUGACAGUUGAAAUGAAAUUAAUGAAAUGAAUGAAUUAAUUUUACAGUGGUUCAUCUUUUACUUUGUGUCUCAUUGGAAAAAAAAAAGUUUUCUAACUUUGUUUAAAAAAAAAAAAAAAAAG